AUGUACUUUAAUAGAGCUGUGAACAUAAGAGGGGCAGGUUUAGGAGUAGUUCUUAUCACGCUAGAAGGGGAGAUGUUGUCGAUGGCCAAGAGAUUAGACAUUAAAGUGACUAAUAACAUGGUAGAGUACGAAGUAUGUUUGUUUGGAUUAGAAGUGGUCGUGGUAGCAAGAGCUAGGCAUUUGAUGAUCUAUGGGGAUUCUGUGCUGGUAAUCCAACAAGCCCUCGAGGAAUGGGAGUCCCUCGUGACUUUCAAUGAAACCUUUGGUGAUCGUGAAAUCAGGUAUGCCUUGUUAUCAAGGGAAUGGGGUAAUGCAAAUUCAAAUGGGACCAGGGGAAAAGCUAUGGUCUAUGAUAUGAAGAGAUUCAUCGAAAGCAGGGAGUAUCCAGAAGAAGCGGCUGCUAAGGAAAGAUACGCGUUGUUGAUUCAAGCUAGUAACUACAUCAGCCAUGAGGGAGUUCUAUAUAGAAGAAUGGUGUCGGGUGUACAGUUUUGA